CACAUAAUUUUCAUAAUGGUGGUUAUCGAUUCACCGCACGCGGCGAACAAAUAUUUGCGUCGCAUCUCGCGAGAUUUCUCGACUGUGCGUCGCUUCAGCAAUACACCGCCAGCCAUCACCAUAACAGCGCCCCAAACCGUCCCCCCAUCCACACCAGUUUUAGGUGAGGAUUUGCCAAGCACGCCGCGUGGCAUUCGCAAACGGCAGCGAAUGCGUAAACGUUCUUCCGUCUCGUCGACGCUAUCGAAAGUUUUGAUACUCAACGUACGUGAUUUGCUCAAAGCGCAGGCAAACAACGAAUCAGCUGGAGAGCAUCAGCCGCGCAGCUGGAUCGAGACCAAUUUUCAGAAACGCGAGUGCAUCAAAUUCAUACCAUGCCCAAAGGACGAUACAAAAUGCUGCUGCGGCCAGGCACAGAUCACACAUCAGACGAUAGCCGGCAUCGAGAGCGGUUCGCCCGGCGAUUUGUGGCUGCCCACGAAACACACCCGGCCCCAGCCCACCGACGCAUAUGGCACCAUUGAGUUUCAGGGCGGGGCUCAUCCCACCAAGGCGCAGUAUGUGCGCCUGUCAUUCGAUACGCGACCUGAGCUGCUGGUGCAGCUAUUCACCAAGGAAUGGAAUCUGGAAUUGCCAAAACUUUUGAUCACCGUGCAAGGAGGCAAAGCCAACUUUGAUUUACAGGCCAAACUAAAAAAGGAAAUACGCAAGGGACUGUUGAAGGCGGCUAAGACGACAGGUGCUUGGAUAUUCACUGGUGGCACCAACACUGGCGUCACCAAGCAAGUGGGAGACGCCCUACUCCUGGAGGGGCAACAACGCACCGGACGUGUGGUCAGCAUCGGCAUUGCGCCCUGGGGCAUUGUAGAGCGCAAUCAUGAGCUGUUGGGCCACAAUCGUGAGGUGCCCUGUCACAGUAUUAGUUCGCCGAGAUCCAAAUUGGCUGUGCUGAACAAUCGUCAUGCAUAUUUCCUGCUCGUCGACAAUGGCACCCAAGCAAAAUAUGGCGCCGAAUUGAUAUUGCGACGCAAACUGGAGAAAUUCAUUUCGAAUUUAAAGCUGCAUCCAUUCACACAUUCCAGUACGCCCGUCGUCUGUCUGGUGAUUGAGGGCGGCACAAACACAAUACGUGCUGUCCUGGAGUACGUGACGGACUCGCCUCCUGUACCGGUUGUUGUAUGCGAUGGUUCUGGGCGUGCAGCCGAUCUGCUCGCCUUUGUGCACAAAUAUGCAUCGGAUGGCGAGGAACAACCUGUGCUGGAGUCAAUGCGUGAUUAUCUCAUUGGUACGAUUCAAAAAACCUUUGAAGUUGGCCUCGAUUCGGCCGAGAAACUUUACCAGGAGCUGCUCCAGUGCACACGUAAUAAGAAUUUGAUUACCGUCUUUCGCAUACAGGAAAAGCCCGAAGGCGAGGCGCAGGAGCUGGAUCAGACCAUCCUAACGGCGCUCUUUAAGUCGCAGCAUCUCAGUCCGCCGGAGCAGUUGAGCUUGGCGUUGACAUGGAAUCGUGUGGACAUCGCACGCAGCGAGAUAUUUGUCUACGGCCAGGAAUGGCCAAUUGGCGCCUUGGACGAGGCCAUGAUGCAGGCACUCGAACAUGAUAGAAUCGAUUUUGUCAAAUUACUUUUGGAGAAUGGCGUCUCAAUGAAAAAAUUUUUAACAAUUCCCCGCCUCGAGGAGCUCUACAACACAAAACACGGUCCGGCCAAUACCUUGGGUUACAUAUUGCGAGAUGUGCGUCCCCAUAUACCUAAAGGCUACAUUUACACGCUCCACGACAUUGGCCUUGUCAUCAAUAAACUAAUGGGCGGCGCCUAUCGAUCCUAUUAUACGCGUCGCAAGUUUCGGCCCAUCUAUGCGAAGGUGAUGAACAGCUAUGCAAAUGCCUGCCGCAAGUCCUCGUCAUAUCAAUAUCAGCGCUAUGCGGGCGCCAAUUCACUGAGCCUGGUCACCGGACUACUGCCAUUUACCACCGAAAUGGCCCUGUUCGAGUUCCCCUUCAAUGAGCUGCUGAUUUGGGCGGUGCUAACUAAGCGACAGCAAAUGGCGCUGCUCAUGUGGACACAUGGCGAGGAGGCGCUGGCCAAAUCACUGGUCGCCUGCAAACUGUACAAGGCGAUGGCCCACGAGGCGGCCGAGGAUGAUUUGGAUACUGAAAUUUAUGAGGAGCUGCGCUCCUAUGCCAAAGAGUUUGAGAGCAAAGGAAAUAAACUGUUGGACUUCAGCUAUCGCCAAGAUGCGGAGAAGGCGCAACGUUUGCUCACCUGCGAACUGCACUCGUGGUCCAAUCAAAGCUGCCUCUCGCUGGCGGUCGCAGCCAAUCACCGCGCCCUCCUCGCCCAUCCCUGUAGCCAGGUCAUACUCGCCGAUCUCUGGAUGGGCGGCCUGCGAACGCGCAAGAAUACCAAUUUUAAGGUCAUCUUGGGCUUAAUUAUGCCCUUUUAUAUCAGGCAAUUAGACUUCAAAUCAAAAGAGGAGCUACAACAAAUGCCGCAGACCGAGGAAGAGCAUUUGGAGAAUCAAAAUUUGGAUAACGAUGAUUCGGAUCGCUCGCAGCCAGAUGCUGAGAAUGCCCUUUUAAAAGCCAAAAGAUCCAUUUCCUUGAGAUAUAGGAUGGGCGCGGGCAGUAAUAAUCGCGACAAGUGCAAAUUAAUAGCAGCCGAAAAGCAUUCGCCAUCAUUUCACAGUAUUGCCAACUCAACAGAUGCUCUAUUGGCGGAUUCUUAUUCGGUGCGCGACACAAAAGUACACGAAAAUGGCAAAGUUAAUCUCACUGCUGGAGCGGAAGAACCACCCUCCAAAGUCUCGCUAACCGAUUCGGAUCCGUCGCAAUUUCGCGAAUUUUUUCAUCUAUCCGAAUACACUAACGAGAUUAAACAGCAUCAGCCGCUGCGUCUGAAGAAGAAGUUCCAUGAGUUCUAUACGGCUCCCAUUACAAAAUUCUGGGCGGAUUCGAUUGCGUACAUGUUCUUUUUGAUAAUGUUCUCGUUUACGGUGCUAGUAAGAAUGAAACCCAUGCCGCGAUGGCAGGAAUGGUAUUCGAUAGCUUAUAUAACAACGCUUGGGUUUGAGAAGGUCCGCGAAAUCAUAUCCUCCGAGCCGGUGGCCAUUACGCACAAAUUCUCGGUAUGGGCGUGGAACAUGUGGAAUCCUUGCGACGGCGCUGCCAUAAUACUCUUCUUAAUCGGACUGGCCUUCCGCUUUCGACCCACCACAAUGGAUAUUGGUCGUGUCAUCUACUGCGUGGACAGCAUCUACUGGUAUUUGCGCAUAUUGAACAUUCUCGGAGUCAACAAGUAUUUGGGUCCUUUGGUUACCAUGAUGGGCAAAAUGGUUAAGAAUAUGAUAUAUUUUGUGGUGCUCUUGGCUGUGGUUCUCAUGAGUUUCGGUGUCAGUCGACAGGCCAUCCUGUAUCCCAACAGCGAGCCCACCUGGCGUCUAAUCAGAGAGGUCACCUAUCAGCCCUACUUCAUGCUGUACGGCGAGGUGUUUGCGGAUGAUAUCGAUCCAGCCUGCGGCGAGGAACCCCACAUGACGCCCUGUGUUACAGGACACUGGGUAACACCUAUAACAAUGUCCAUGUACCUAUUGAUUGCCAAUAUACUGUUGAUCAAUCUGCUCAUUGCCGUCUUCAAUAAUAUAUUCAACGAAGUCAAUUCAGUGUCGCAUCAGGUAUGGAUGUUCCAGCGCUUCACCGUCGUGAUGGAGUACCAACAGAAACCGGUGCUGCCGCCGCCGUUUAUUGCCUUCUGCCAUUUCUAUUCGCUGCUCAAGUAUUGCGUGCGUAAAGCGAAAGGAUUGGAGGUGCAGCGGGACAACGGUCUCAAGCUAUUUCUCGAAAAGGACGACCUGGAGCGGCUGUAUGAUUUUGAGGAGGAGUGCGUCGAGGGCUUCUUUCAUGAGCAGGAGCACAUAUUGAAUCAGUCAACCGAUGAGCGUGUGAAGAACACAACGGAGCGUGUCGAGACAAUGUCACAGAAAAUCGAGGACAUCAAUCAAAAGGAGAACCUUCAAACGGCCACUGUGCAGAGCAUUGAAUUCCGUUUGCGCAAAAUGGAAGAAUCAUCGGAGCAGAUACUCUCCCAUCUGGGCGUCAUACAUCGCUUCAUGUCCGCACACACUGCCGGCACUGAUGAGCUGCGCGGCUCCGUGAUGAACAUUCCUGGUGAAAUGCACCGCGUGCGCACCAUAUCAAUGUCCGACAAUGAGGGUGGCAGCGGCAGUGGUGGAGGCGGUGGUGGCGGUGGCGGCGCUGGCGUUACUGGUGUUGGCAUUGCUGCGGCUUUGGGACUUGGUGCCACACUUACUUUAAAUUCGCUGCAGGUAAACAAUCGAAGGCGCUUCAAUCGUUCACUGACCGAGGUCCGACCGGAUGCGUACAUUCUGGAUGAGGGCACACACUUUGAGGUGGUACCGCUGCCGGAGGAGCCAGACGAGGUGGUUAAAUCCCGAGAGGCACUCAACGAGCAGGUGGUGCGCAAGGCCUCCAUGCAAUCAGAAGCCGACUCGGACAUUUAUUUGCCUCUAUCGCAGCGCCCCUCGACUUGUGAGACGGUGAAGCGUACACCGUAUGUGACGGUGCGCCAGGAUACGGGCGCCAGCACCGAAAGCAAAGACACACUAACCCCAAUGGGCAACAACGAUGACGAUCAGACACUCGUCGGCGGCGAUAAUUCCGAUGAUGCUGCGCCGGACAUGAACUUUGAGGCUGCCAGGCAUCGAGCACUGCGCCAACGCACCGUUUCACUCUGUCGCCGCAACUCGGAGACGUACUCGCUGACCGGCGUGGACAUCAAUCGAUCCCACAUCAGUCUCAAUCAGCUAGCGUCACUCUCUCGGCGCCAGUUAAGCCUCACGCAUUCCGAGCCGGAUAGUGACAAGGAUGUGCCACUAGUGCCACUCCCAGGUAAAUCAGUUUUGCAUGCGAAACCCUCCAGAAAUAUAUUGCUGAAACUGCACAGCGAAUAUACAUCCAUAACGGACGAACUGGAGAGCGUCUGCCAUUUGAUUGGAUCACCGACCGUCUCCCUGCAGAGCAAUAAAGCAUCCCUGGAUCGUCCCAAGACGGAAAUGUCGCGCGCCGAGGCCGCUGCCCUGUUGGAGAAGAAGCACCUGAAAGAGUGCGAGGAGAAUGACUAUAGAAUUCUGGAGGGUCUAUUCGAGGCACGUGGCUCCAUCGAUGCCAGCGUGCAGCCCUAUGAGAUAAGCGUCUCCGUCGACUAUAGCCAUCGCUAUCCACUGCGUCGGGAGACGGCCGUUGAGCUAUCACCAUCGAAGCCCCCAGCAGAGGGUGAACUUAUUGGUGCUGCCACUGCCGGCGACAGUAGUGAUACUAGUGGGGCGGGCAGCGGUCAUCAUGUUGUGGCCAGUGGCUUUCAGCUGAAGCAUGAGCGUCCGUGGCAGCGCAACUCAUCCAUGGAGCAGCAGUCGAUUCAGUCGCCGCUGGUGCCGACUCGUGCCACCAGUGAUUUUCUGAAUCCGCCCUAUGAAAGCAGCGGUCGUCUAUUCAAGAAGUCCAGCGAGAGCCUACAGAAGAACUCCAGCACGGAUACGGACUACUCGGCGCAUCCUUAUCGGUUCAUCAAGCAGAGUUCCAACGAGACGAACACCUCGCUAACCGGCUCCUUCAAUGUAGACACGCCCUCGCUGACGGCCGAACCGUCGCUGGAUGCCGGCGACACGCACUCGACAACAGGACUUAGCCUUGGCACUGCUGGCGGGGUUGCGACAGCGCGUUACCAGCCCAAGCGCACUGCGUCCGUUGGUGCUGCCGAUAGCAGACGCCUGCGCGACGAAAGCUCCAGCUCGCUGGACCUGAGUGCAGGGGCAGUAAUGACGCAGGCAGCGCCAGCACUGCCAACGCGACCCAUGCAGCUCAAGAAACAGUUUAGCAUGGAUCAGGGCAAGCCGGUGUCGGUGCAGUCGAGCGCCGAGACGGUGACUGCCACAGAGUCAGUGUCUGGUGGUAGUACCUCGGCGUCGGCAUCGCCGUUGCCUGCACAGGUUGGCGCCAAACUGAUUUCGACGCUGAGGCUGCCGUACAGCAGCAAACUGGGUAUGAAUGUGCUCAAGGAGAGCAGUUCCAGCACGGAAGAGUCCCGUGAUGGCGAAGCCACCCCAGCCACAACCUCAUCCGCGAAGAGCAGCAAUGUGGCGCUAGCGAUACCACAGAUUAGCACGCAUCUGGUCCAGGAUGAGAUUGCCAAGCUGUCCUCCAAUAUCAAGAGCAGCACCGAAUCUGAAAAGGAUCCGCCAUAUAACGAAACAAUGUGUUAAAUAGUAUAAACCUCUAUAUAUAAAUAUAUAUAUAUAUCCAUAUGGAUAUGUGAGUCCCUGUUGAUGUUGCCUAGAGUAAGCAGUAGUAGGUAUUUGAAUUUGUAUUUGUAUAUGUAUGUGAAUCCACCUUGUGCUCAAUAGCGUUACUAGUCAACAGCAUAUCGCUAAUAAUACUAGGCGUUACAACAAACAAUACAUACGUGAUUCAUGUUGAAACUGCAUGAUAAGUUUUAGUAAGUGAGUCCAUAUCAAUGUUAAAGCAAAUAGUUUUGAAGAUCGGCCCGGUGGAAUGCAACGCAAUUCAAUGAUUUUUGACAAUACAUAGUACACAGAUUCUCUGUAUUUUUAUAAGAUGUAUUUAUUUACAAAGUCGUCGAUUCUUAUUGUUAUUUAAUAUACAAAAUAGUUGAAGCAUAACAAAGCAAAUCAAAAUGCAUGCAUUUCACUUACGACACAUACAAAGAAUAUCUGUUUUUACCACCAGCAAAGCUACAACUUAAUGUUAAGCACAACCAAAAACUAAGAAAAAGGAAAAUUAUUGCCAUGUUAAACUCACUCGUUACACAAAACAUAUGAAACGAAAUUUUCAAUUUCACAUAUCCCUAACAUAUAUAUAUAU